AUGAUUGCCAAUUUAACAAGAAUGAGGAGCUUCUUCAUUCUUGGAUUCCCUGGACUUUCCCCACAGUAUUAUGGACCUGUGUCAGCUCUGCUCUUUUUUGUCUACCUAUCUAUUGCAAUAGGAAAUAUUUUCAUUUUAGCAUUUGUGAUCUAUGAGAAGUCCCUGCAGAAACCAACAUAUCUGGUCUUUUGUCACCUGGCGCUGAAUGAUUUCACAUUUGGCACCCUGACUCUCCCAAAGAUCAUAACAAAGUAUUGGUUUGGUGACAGCAUUAUUUCAUUCUAUGGGUGCUUUACACAGAUGUUCUUUGUUCAUUAUUUAGGGUCAGUAACUUCUUUCAUCUUGUUGGUAAUGGCUCUUGAUCGAUUUAUUGCAAUAUGUUUUCCUCUGCGUUAUCCCGUCCUGAUCACAAACAACAUCAUAUCUGUGCUCUGUGGGUUUGCUUGGUUCAUCCCUCUGCCUUUGAUGGUAGCUGUUGUACUUUAUGUCCUCACAUUACCUUUCUGUAAAUCAAAUGUCAUUGCUCAGUGCUACUGUGACCACAUUUCUAUAACAAGUCAAGCAUGUGGUGAGGAUGUUAAAAUAGUUACAGUCACUUCUUUGUGUGUAGCCAUGUUUUGCCUCUUGCUUCCUCUAGCAUUCAUCUUGUUUUCCUACAUCUCCAUCAUUGUGGCUAUUCUGAAAAUUUCAAAUGCUGCAGGCCGCAAUAGAACCUUAUCAACUUGUACCCCACAGAUAUUUAUCACUUGUCUGUUUUACCUUCCAAGAUGUUUUGUUUAUGUAGCAAAUACUGUUGGAUUCUCCUUUAGUUUAGAUAUUCGUAUUUUAUUGGUAUUGUUGUACAGUCUUUUUCCUGCUGCUGUUAAUCCACUCAUUUAUUGUUUCAAGACUCAAGACAUUAAGCAGCUGUUGAUGAAGAAGCUGAAGAAAACGAAAAUUGGAAUAAAGAUACAAUUUUCACAUUGUGAAGCUGACAGAUGA